UAGCAACUGUAAUAGCUUCGUACACUUCAAGUCGAAACACUGAAAAAUUCAGAUUAGUCCGAAUAUUUUGGUCAAGAAAUCAAAGAUUUUGGAGACGAUUUCUGUAAAACUCCUGGAUCAUAAUCUUUAGGUAGUGCAUGCAGAGAAGAAAAAAAAGCAAGUUAAAAAAUGAGCAACAUCACCCUUGGAGUGCAAAGGGAGUCAUUGAUCAAUAAUCCACUUUUACAAAAGGUYGAGCUUGGUCGUCCACUCAGAAGAUGUUUCACCCUGCCGCAUGAUGGUUUUACUUAUGGAAAACCAAACGAUGGGAAGACUAGUGGGGCUGCUGAUGCUCUGGUAUGGAGAACAGCCCCUGUGCAAACCACUUUCCAACGCAAAGAGAAAAAAGCUCCCAGGGAUUUCCAAUCCUUGAAUAAAUCAGCAGUACAAGUCGGUCUGACAACAGCCCAGGAACAUUUUCAAUACAGAGCAACACAUGAUGUAAGAAAAGCUGAAUCAGGUACUGAAAAGACGAUACAAAAACUGAAGCGAUUACCACCAACAAUGGUCUUUGGAGUUCCAACAAGGCCGUCUACUCCUGUGUAUGAUUUACUUGGACAUAAAUAUCAAGACAGAUGGUUAGAAGAAAGACACAAAGCAGAGGAAACAAUGAGAGCAAGACAAAUCCAAAAGCGACAUGUUGAUAAGAACAUCUAUGAAACAAGAGCUUCUCUACUGAGAAAAUUCCAGCCCCCUGUGGACCCCCCACCAUUUUGGCAAAUGUCAAAAUUCCAAAAGAUUCCAUCCCAAAUAGAAAGCUUUCGAACGGACAAAGCGAAAACUGGUGCUUUCAAACAUCAUGCAACAGACAGCACCUCACGCAAGGGUGCAUUUGGACAUGGUAUAUAUGAACCAGCUAAGAGUUAAUUUCCUCAUGAACAUAAUGCCGCCAAUAUUUCACUUAUCUUGUGCUAAACCUGAAUAAGAUUGAAGUAAGAAAUCUAUGCUUUGUGUGUAUAUUUGCUACACUAUAUUUUACUGGUAAUCAUUUGUUGAG